AUGGCUUUCCAAAAGAUUGAGAAGACCGCUGCUUAUCACUCGCGUUAUCAAACUCCUUUCCGUCGUAGACGUGAGGGUAAGACCGAUUACUACGCCCGUAAGAGACUUGUUACUCAACACAAGGCUAAGUACAACUCCCCCAAGUACAGACUUGUCAUCCGUUUCACCAAGAAGGAUAUCAUCGCCCAAGUUGUUUCUUCUCAAAUCACUGGUGAUGUUGUCUUGAGCGCCGCUUACGCUCACGAGCUUCCUCGUUACGGAAUCAAGCACGGUCUUACCAACUGGUCCGCUGCCUACGCUGUUGGUCUUUUGAUUGCUCGUCGUACCUUGCAAAAGCUCGGUUUGGAUGAGACCUACCAAGGUGACGAAGAGGCUUCUGGUGAGUACUCCCUCACUGAGGCUGUUGAGGAUGGUCCUCGUCCUUUCAAGGUCUUCCUUGAUGUCGGUUUGACCCGUACUACCACUGGUAACCGUGUCUUCGGUGCCAUGAAGGGUGCUUCUGAUGGUGGUCUUUACAUUCCCCACUCUGCCAAGCGUUUCCCUGGUUUCGACAUUGAGACCGAGGAGUUGGAUGCUGAUGUUCUUCGCAAGUACAUUGUUGGUGGUCACGUUGCUGAGUACAUGGAGGAGCUUGCUGACGAUGAUGAGGAGCGUUACAGAACCUUGUUCAAGUCUUACAUUGAAGACGACAUCGAGGCUGAUGGUGUCGAGGACAUCUACACUGAGGCCCACGAAAAGAUCCGUGCCGAUCCUUCUUUCGUUCCUUCCAACAAGAAGUCCAAGGAGGAGUACAAGGCUAUUUCUCUUAAGUACAAGCAAAAGAAGUUGACUUCUGAGGAGCGUAAGGCUAAGGUUGCUGCUAAGAUUGCUGAAUUCCAAGCCAACAACUAA